AUGGCAAGUCCAGAGUGGCCCCCAGGAGCCACUGGUGACCCAGAAAUCAUGGGAUCCGUAUCUGGGGUCGAUUCAUCGACACCCACCCAGGAACCGCUACGGCUGCCUCAAACCACCCCUGCACCGAUUGUCGGACUUGGUGACAGCCAGAAACAGUCCAACGAACCAACUCUGGAUAACCGCGACACCAUACACGCGAUACAACAGGCUGGAGAAUCCCAGCAGGCUCCAGGAAUAACCAUCGAGAAAAGGAAGGCCUCUAGGCUGACUCGGUCUGGAUUAAGCGCGGCUCCAAAGAGGAAGAUUACACUUGCCGCAAUGCGUGCAGUGAGCGCUCCUGCAGAGGAUAGCCUCGUGAUGAGCCUAAUCGAGGACCUGAGGAGCCAGAUGCAAGAGGCGGUCCACCAGCUCUCUGUCGAACUUACAACCGCCAAAAACGUGAUCAACACGCAACAGGGCCUUAUAACAACCCUCAAUACGAGGCUAGAGAGCCUAGAAACCUACGUUAACGCCCUACAAAGCCGUCAAAUCCUACCACUUGACCCCUUCACCGCAACGCGUGAGAUUGCGGCGCACGGGCCACCGCCAAGAGCUGCGUCCACGGGAGGCUUAGCGCCCACCCCGAUGCAGUCAGACGCAGUGUUGUUUUUAAUUAGUCAAUAUGGAUUCAAUCAAUAUGGAACAUUGUCAAUAUAA